AUGCCCAUCUACGGCGGCAGCAAGAAGGGUAAAAAGAAGAACAAGGGCAAGAAGAAUGGAAAAAAGGACAACAAAAAGACCACCAAUGCCCUGACCCCUAACAAUCAGCUCAGCGGCCAGGGCCAAGUCGACCGUGACGGCGCCGAGUCAGAGCAUUCGUCCAGCACCGGCACCUUUUACACCGCCAAAGAGUAUCAGGACGAUGACCUCGCAGAAAGGAUGGCUCUUCUGAAUCAGCCGGUGAAACAGGAGUUUACCCUCCCCCUGGGAGUCCCAGGACCGGCGUCGGAGCAUUCAUCCAGCACGGCCACCUUCUACACCGCAAAGGAGUACCAGGACGACGAUGACACCACUGAAAGGGUGGAUUCUCAGAAUCAGACCGUGGAACAAGAGCUCACCCUCCCUGCGAAAACACAUGAGCCUGAGACUCCACCAAAUGAGCCUGCUCGCGAGGCCACGGCCACCCCGACUCAGGCCCUCACUCCCCAGUCGGCCAGGGCGACGCCCCCAUCCGGCACUUGGUCCAAUGCCCCCGGCUCCAGAGGCACAGCCUCAACGGUGAUCACCCCAGGCCCUGCCCUCAACAGCAGAAAGAAGAAGAAGAAGAAGAAGAAGUCCAAAAGCCAGGGCGCCACCAACCAAAGCACCGUGACAGGAUCAUCCUCCGACGUCGUCGCCGGCCACGCCCACCCUGACCCCAUCCCGACCACCAUCCUCGCCAACGAGCUGGCCCCCGAGCGCAAACCCAAAAAUUUCGUCUGGGACCUCACCAAGCACGUCUUCAUCUGUGCAGCCCCCGACUGCAACGAACGCUGCCACACCUGGGCCCCUACAACCGCCAUCUGCCCCAGAUGUGGCCCCUACUCCGAGAUCCGCUACUGCUCCACGCAGCAUCUCCUCCAGGACAUUAAGCGCCACUGGGUCUCGCACUGUCUACAAUACACCUUCGAGCACCCCUGCCGGCCUGACUCGCUGCCUCCAGCCCUCGCUGAGGCCGUCCCUCUUAUCCCCUGCGCUCACAUGUACGACAUGCCCGAGCGCCAUCGCCAGGCCGUUUACUUCAACGCCAACUCUGCCCGCGGCGACUACUUCAUCUUCUCGGAUUACGACGACCUCCGCGAUGCGGGGACCAUCCUAGACGACGACCUCGACACGCGCAUCCGUCUGCGCUGCUCGUCGCGCGUCGUCUUCACCGUUACCAUCCAGGACGCAGAUCUCAAGGAUCGAUUCCGCCGGAUUCUAGCAGCCUGUCUUUUUAAAACCAUCACAGUCGUAGUGGUAACCGAUUACCUCUACCGCCUCAUCCGCGACAACCUCCGCGCCCACACCCCCAAGCUCACCAAGUCCCAACUCACCCACCUCGAAGCAGCCGUCACGCACCAAUUUGCGCAAGAAUUCUCCACCACCCUGAACGAGCAGCUCGUCGGCCGUCGCCACGCCUGCGAAACCGACUGGACCGGCCGCAACCGCCGCUUCUGCCGCGACGCCAUCUGCCGCGCCGAAGACCGCCGUUUGCUGGGCCGUCACCACGGCGCGGGGCACAAGCACACCGUCGAGGGGCUGGAGUCGUCGUAUUGGAUUUUGAGAGUUGCGAGGAAGACUUUGCCGCCUCCUGCUCAGGGCCAUGCUCAUGCUUUUGAGGUUGGGGCGAAGGCGCGCAUGCGCGGUGAGGGCUUCCCUGAUGUGGUUCCUGAGGAUAGGAGGGUUUUUCGCCGUGGGGAGGAGUGGGAUGGGGCUGGCUCGGGGGAGCUUGAGAUUGAGGGGGUGAAUGAUUAUGAUUUUCCGAUUGAGGUUCCGGCGGAUGUUUUUGCGAUGGGGGAGAUGGAUUGGGAGUAG